AUGGCCGACUUCUUGGGUAUCGUGGCCAUUGUCUUCUUCUAUGUGCUCAUUCUAGUCGUCGGCAUAUGGGCGGGUAGGAAGUCAAAAAGCACAAAAGAGUUGGAAUCAGAAGUGGGCGCACAAACGGAAGAAGUGAUGUUAGCGGGGAGAAACAUCGGAACUCUUGUUGGAAUAUUCACAAUGACUGCCACGUGGGUUGGUGGUGCCUAUAUCAAUGGAACUGCUGAAGCACUUUAUAAUGGAGGUGUUCUUGGAUGUCAAGCCCCAGUUGGAUACGCAAUUUCUCUGGUAAUGGGAGGAUUAUUGUUCGCAAAGAAAAUGAGAGAAGAGGGAUAUAUAACAAUGUUGGACCCUUUUCAACACAAGUACGGUCAACGAAUCGGUGGUUUGAUGUAUUUGCCAGCCCUUCUAGGAGAGACAUUCUGGACAGCUGCUAUUCUCUCUGCACUUGGAGCAACCCUUUCCGUGAUUCUUGGAAUUGAUAUGAAUGCAUCGGUGACUCUAUCCGCUUGCAUUGCCGUGUUCUACACAUUCACUGGUGGAUACUAUGCAGUUGCUUAUACUGACGUCGUCCAACUUUUCUGCAUAUUCGUCGGAUUGUGGGUAUGCGUGCCUGCGGCAAUGGUUCAUGAUGGUGCAAAAGAUAUUUCAAGAAAUGCUGGAGAUUGGAUUGGAGAAAUCGGAGGAUUCAAAGAAACGUCUCUCUGGAUUGACUGCAUGCUUCUUCUUGUCUUUGGAGGAAUUCCAUGGCAAGUAUACUUCCAACGUGUUCUCUCCUCAAAAACUGCUUCCGGAGCUCAAACUCUUUCCUUCGUGGCUGGCGUUGGAUGCAUUCUCAUGGCGAUUCCUCCUGCACUUAUUGGUGCAAUUGCCAGGAACACUGACUGGAGAAUGACUGAUUAUUCCCCAUGGAACAAUGGAACUAAAGUUGAAUCGAUCCCUCCAGACAAGAGGAAUAUGGUGGUUCCAUUGGUAUUCCAAUAUCUGACACCAAGAUGGGUGGCGUUUAUUGGUCUCGGCGCUGUUUCUGCUGCUGUCAUGUCUUCUGCUGAUUCUUCGGUUCUUUCUGCUGCCUCCAUGUUUGCUCAUAAUAUCUGGAAACUCACAAUCCGUCCACAUGCUUCUGAAAAAGAAGUGAUUAUUGUAAUGAGAGUUGCGAUAAUUUGUGUUGGUAUAAUGGCUACUAUAAUGGCUCUUACAAUUCAAUCCAUCUACGGUCUCUGGUAUUUGUUUAUCCUCUUUCCCCAACUUCUCUGUGUUGUCUACAUGCCACGUAGCAACACUUAUGGAUCAUUGGCUGGAUAUGCAGUUGGAUUGGUUCUUCGUCUGAUUGGAGGAGAACCACUUGUCUCCUUGCCAGCAUUCUUUCACUAUCCAAUGUAUACAGAUGGAACACAAUAUUUCCCAUUUAGAACUACAGCUAUGCUUUCUUCAAUGGCUACAAUAUACUUCGUAUCAAUUCAAUCGGAGAAGCUGUUCAAAUCAGGACGUUUGUCUCCGGAGUGGGACGUAAUGGGUUGUGUAGUAAAUAUUCCGAUAGAUCAUGUGCCCCUCCCUUCAGAUGUCUCGUUUGCCGUUAGUAGUGAAACCUUGAAUAUAAAGACACCAAACGGAACACCGGCUCCAGCUCCACACCCGAACCUACAGCCGUCUGAUGAGAAUACAUUAUUGCAUCCGUAUUCAGAUCAACAUUAUUAUUCAACCUCUAGUUAA